AUGGCGAUCGUCGGUGAAUCAGAGGUGAAGCUGUUCAACAGAUGGUCCUUGGAUAAUGUCCAGGUUGGUGACAUAUCUUUAGUGGAUUAUAUUGGUGUAUCUCCCAACAAGAUCGCAACCUAUGUCCCACACACAGCAGAGAGGUAUUCUGUGAAGAGGUUCAAGGAGGCUCAGUGCCCCAUUGUGGAGAGGUUGACCAAUUCCCUGAUGAUGCACGGGCGGAACAAUGGGAAGAAGCUCAAGGCUGUCUGCAUCGUCAAGAAAGCAAUGGAAAUAAUCCAUUUGCUCACGGAUCAAAACCCUAUUCAAGUUAUUGUUGAUGCUAUAAUCAACAGUGGGCCAAGAGAAGAUGCAACUCGUAACGGUUCUGCUGGUGUUGUGAGGCGUCAAGCUGUUGAUAUCUCUCAUUUGAGGCGUGUUGAUCAAAUACUAUAUCUAAGGUUCAAAGGUGCCCGAGAGUGUGCUUUCAAGAACAUGAAGUCCAUAGCUGAAUGCUUGGCAGAUGAACUUAUUAAUGCAACUAAGGGUUCAUCCAACAGCUCUGCCAUUAAGAAGAAAGAUGAGUUUGAACGUAUUGCCAAGGCCAACCAUUAG